GGCAGAAGCAGAGGAGGGAAUUAUUCAAGAUUUAUCUAAUCUCUGCCAUAUGGCAGAAGUGGUUUGCAAUGUGCAAGAGGAUCACGCGAAGCAAUCAUUAGUUGAUCUUCCAAUUUGGGCAUCACCACGUGAGCUCCUGGCAUCUCUAUGUGAUGAGUGAUUGGGAAAAAGAUUUCAAUUCGGGUCUUCUAUAGGUAGGUACCCCCGAACUUGUAGAUUUCUUCUCCUUUAGCAUAUCAUAAGGAUAGUGAAUCCUAAAAUGUAAUCAUGAUCGAGUAGGAGUUAUUGUCUAUUUGAAUCUACAGUCUCGUGAAUGGUAAAAAAAUUGUGUAUUUUUUUUUUCCCAUUCAACCGAUUUUCUCAAAACUAAACAAACAAUCUUGUGUUAUGAAAUUAUUAUUCUAAGCAUCGAUGGAAGUUUGAUUUUGA